CUUAUUUUGCUGUUGCCAAUGGAGCCCUAAUUCUCUCUCGUUAUAAUAUAACAUCAACCUCUUAUUACUAUGGAACAGUUAGAGUAUAUUAUAAUGGAUGGGGUAACAUCUGUUAUGAUUACUAUUAUAAUUCAGUUGAAGCUAAUGUCAUUUGCCAUCAGUUGGGAUACACUGGAGCUUCAAGCUACUCAAGAGCUGGACUUGUCAGUUUUAGUUAUGGUACGGACUAUCUUUCUAUGAAAUGGGAUGAUGUUAACUGUGCCAGUAGCAGCUAUUUAUCUAUUGCUCAAUGUUCCUACUCUACUAUUAUUGAUAGUGGUUGUUCUAGUAACAGUUAUGAUGCAACUGUCUACUGCUAUACUACUAGAAUCUGGAACAGUAAUCCAUUCCUUGGUAUGAUACGUCUUCAAGGAGGAAAUUAUUCUAAUGAAGGACGUGUGGAAGUGUAUUGUAAUGGACAGUGGGGGACAAUAUGCAGUACUGGGUUUGGAACUACUGAUGCUAACACCAUUUGCAAGCAACUGGGAUAUGACAACUAUUACAGAUAUAAUCACUUGUCAAUAUCCAGUGGUAGCUCUAGUCAGCCAAUAUGGAGUACUAAUAUGUACAGUACAUCAAGUGAUAGGUGUUAUGGUACUAGAAACACUUGUCCAUCCUCUUCAGUGACUACUUGUUCUCAUAGUAAUGAUGUUACAAUCAGUUGCAGAGAAUACUCCUCUUCAUCUCGUCAAACUGUAACUUCAACAACUUGUUCAAGUCUUAUAAGUAAUCCUACAAAUGGAGCUCUUAUACUUUCUCGUAGUAAUAUAUCAUCAGCUUCAUAUUACUAUGGAACAGUUAGAGUAUAUUAUAAUGGAUGGGGUAAUAUCUGUGAUGAUUUCUAUUAUAACUCAGCUGAAGCUAAUGUCAUUUGUCAUCAGUUGGGAUACACUGGAGCUUCAAGCUACUCAAGAGCUGGACUUGUCAGUUAUGGCACAGAUUACCUUUCUAUGAAAUGGGAUGAUGUUAACUGUGCCAGUAGCAGCUAUUUGUCUAUUGCUCAAUGUUCCUACUCUACUUCUAUUGAUAGUGGCUGUACUAAUAGUAACAGUUAUGACGCUACUGUGUACUGCUACACUACUAGAAUCUGGAACAGUAAUCCAUUCCCUGGUAUGAUACGUCUUCAAGGAGGAGCUUAUUCUAAUGAAGGACGUGUGGAAGUGUAUUGUAAUGGACAGUGGGGGACAAUAUGCAGUACUGGGUUUGGAACUACUGAUGCUAACACCAUUUGCAAGCAACUGGGAUAUGACAGCUAUUACAAUUAUAAUCACUUGUCAAUAUCCAGUGGUAGCUCUAGUCAGCCAAUAUGGAGUACUAAUAUGUACAGUACAUCAAGUGAUAGGUGUUAUGGUACUAGAAACACUUGUCCAUCCUCUUCAGUGACUACUUGUUCUCAUAGUAAUGAUGUUACAAUCAGUUGCAGAGAGUACUCCUCCUCAUCUCGUCAAACUGUAACUUCAUCAACUUGUUCAAAUCUUAUAGUUAGUAAUGCUGCAAAUGGAGCCAUAAUUCUCUCUCGUUAUAAUGUAUCAUCAACCUCUUAUUACUAUGGAACAGUUAGAGUAUAUUAUAAUGGAUGGGGUAAUAUCUGUUAUGAUUAUUAUUACAAUUCAGUUGAAACUAAUGUCAUUUGUCAUCAGUUGGGAUACACUGGAGCUUCAAGCUACUCAAGAACCGGACUUGUCAGUUAUGGUACGGACUACCUUUCCAUGAAGUGGGAUGAAGUUAACUGUGCCAGUAGCAGCUAUUUAUCUAUUGCUCAAUGUUCCUAUUCUACUUAUAUUGGUGGCUAUAGUUGUAGUUACA